AUGUCUGGCACUGCGAGUCCAGCGUUCGAGAGUAUCGAGUUGAACAUGUUGGAGACUGGUUACCUGGCAGACGAGUCGAUCAAAGGGGGCAAGGGAACGACGGAAGAAACAGCUGGUUGCUUUCGAAGAUUCUACACUUUCCUCUCUAAGUAUCGACGAGCCUCGAAAUUUCUCUCGCUGACCUUACUGAACCUCGUGGUACUGAUUUAUUUCGUGUUCGCCACGAUACACUGGAGAACGAACAAAUACCAGGACAGCAUCGAUUGGUGCAACGGUUACGGCCUGCUAAUCGUCCUGGUAACGAUCAUUUACGGAGGAAUACUUUAUCACUUCAUCGCGAAGCGUUUCCACGAAAACGCACCGAGCCGGUGCAAACUUCCGUUCCGUGAUCUUCUUGAGAGUAUCGAAAAAACGAGAUACGGAGGCAUAAUUGGCCAGACGGUGAUUUACACUUGCGUGAUACUCGCCAUCAUUGUGUUUCUUAUUAUCGACACCGCGGACUCGAGGGAGAGGCUAAUGAGCGGUGUCGGUGUCGUCAUACUGAUGAGCUUCGGAUGGAUAUUCUCGAAGCACCCUGGUCGCAUCAACUGGAGGCCCGUUAUGUGCGGUCUGAUCUUGCAAUUUCUCUUCGGCCUUCUCAUAAUUCGAUGGCCAGUGGGUCGUUCGAUCUUCGAGUGUCUCGCUGGGAAAAUCGAGGGAUUCUUGAACGUGGCGAAGUCAGGAGCGAGCUUCGUCUACUCCGACGAACUCGUCGAUCACGGUGUCUUCGCAUUUUCAACUCUUCCGGUGAUCUUCUACUUCAGCUUUAUCAUCCAAAUUCUGUAUUACCUGGGCGCGAUGCAGUGGGUCAUCCUGAAUUUAGGUCAAAUUCUUCAAAGUCUCAUGGGAACGUCGAUCUGUGAAUCGGUGAUCUGUGCAGCGAAUAUUUUCAUCGGAAUGACAGAGUCUCCAUUGGUGAUCAAGCCUUAUCUAAACAAAUUGACUACUUCGGAGCUGCACACGAUUAUGUGCUCGGGUUUUGCCACGGUCUCAGGAACGGUUCUGGCUGCGUACAUCAAGUUCGGCGCGAAUCCAGCCCACCUGAUAACAGCCUCGCUCAUGGCGGCACCCGCGGCGCUCUGUUACGCGAAAUUGUUCUAUCCGGAAACGGAGAAGAGCGAAGUCACUCCUGACAACAUAAAUCUAGAGAAAUCAAAUGACUCGAGUCUGAUGGACGCUGCCAGUAAAGGCGCUAUGGCGGCAGUUCCUCUAGUUUUAGGCAUAAUCGCCAAUAUAAUAGCAUUCGUGUCGUUCAUAACUCUAACCAACGAGGUACUUUCUUGGAUAGGAAUGUUAGUCGGUUACAACGGGCUGAGUUUCGAAUUGAUCCUCUCGAAGGUGUUCAUACCACUGAGCUGGAUCAUGGGAGUACCGUGGGACAAGUGCGAGUACGUGGCUACUCUGAUCGGUCUGAAAACCGUUGUGAACGAAUUCGUGGCCUAUCAAGCUUUGGGAAAGUUCAAAGAACAGGGGAAGAUCUACGGUAGAACGGAGGCAAUUGCUACAUUUGCCAUCUGCGGAUUCGCCAAUCCUUCCUCGAUCGGGAUCACGCUGAGCGUUUUGUCUUCACUGGCCCCUGAUAAGAAGGAGAACGUGGCCAGCGCUGUAGGGAGAGCCUUCGUGGCUGGUAGCGCUGUCAAUUUCCUCACGGCCAGCAUCGCUGGGAUGUUGAUAUCCGACGACUAUUAUCCGGUGAAUGCAACGAUUGCACUGAAUAUGACUGCCAGGUAACGGUAAUUAAGGUG